AGCAGGCGGGGCUAACGCCCACGUGGCGGGGCUGGGGGUGGGGGAGCCCGGGCGGCUGGGAAUGGGCGGAGAGUGGAGGAGGUGGGGCAGGUCUCGCGAGGCCGCGCUUCGGCUCGCGCGGGUGUUGAGCGCGCAGUUGUAGCUGCCUGGCGGCGGGAGAAGUAGCGCUUGAGCCAAAGGACGUGCUGCUGCACUCGCGUGGUCAUGGAGGCGCCGCCGCCGCCGCCGCCCGCGACGACUCUGGCCUCUGGCCGGGGCCGAAAGCUACUGCUGCUGCCGCUGCUGCUGUUCCUGCUGCGGGCUGAAGCGCUGUGGGGCUUGGAGGCGGAGGAGAGGCCCCGAACCCGCGAGGAGGAGUGCCACUUCUACGCGGGUGGACAAGUGUACCCCGGGGAGGCAUCCCGGCUUUCGGUCGCCGAUCACUCCUUGCACCUCAGCAAAGCCAAGAUUUCCAAGCCAGCACCUUAUUGGGAAGGAACAGCUGUGAUAAACGGAGAAUUUAAGGAGCUCAAGUUAACUGACUAUCGUGGAAAAUACCUGGUUUUUUUCUUCUAUCCACUUGAUUUCACUUUUGUGUGUCCAACUGAAAUUAUCGCCUUUGGUGAUAGAAUUGAGGAAUUCAGAUCAAUAAAUACUGAAGUGGUAGCAUGCUCUGUCGAUUCACAGUUUACCCAUCUGGCCUGGAUUAAUACCCCUCGAAGACAAGGAGGACUUGGUCCAAUAAGGAUUCCACUUCUUUCAGAUUUGAACCAUCAGAUCUCAAAGGACUAUGGUGUAUACCUGGAAGACUCAGGCCACACUCUUAGAGGUCUCUUCAUUAUCGAUGACAAAGGAAUCCUAAGACAGAUUACUCUGAAUGACCUCCCUGUGGGUAGAUCUGUGGAUGAGACACUACGUUUGGUUCAAGCAUUCCAGUACACUGACAAACAUGGAGAAGUCUGUCCUGCUGGUUGGAAACCUGGUAGUGAAACUAUAAUCCCAGAUCCAGCUGGAAAACUGAAGUAUUUUGAUAAACUGAACUGAAAAAUACUUCCUCAGGUCAAGAUGCUUGAAACUUUUCAAUAAAGUUCACCGUUUUAUGUGACAGUA